AUGCUAUACCCUCACAAAAUCCUUCACAAGGCACCCUUUUUAUUAUCAUUCAAACAUGGCUUCAGACUCUUCCAGACACUUAAACAUGAACACCACCCGUUCGAUCUUAUUCUUCACCCAAAAGCUGCCUCGGUUAACCGUUCCAUGCUCAACCAUUUGCACAACUACCUUCCCUUUCAAGCACUUGCCAUAUUCAAGGACAAGUUCAAGUUGCAUUCUCUUGAAAACGUUGACGAGGUCGCCCUUGCCUUGUCCCUUAAGGCAUGUCAAGGAGAGUUGAAACUUGGGUGUCAACUCCACGGAUUCGUGGUGACUAGCGGGUUUGUUUUGUGUGUUACGGUGUCGAAUUCGCUCAUGAAAAUGUACUGCAAGUCUGGGAAUUUUCGGAAGGCUUUGCUUGUGUUUGAAAAUUUGAGUCAUUCUGACAUAGUGUCUUGGAAUACCGUGCUUUCUGGGUUUGAGGAGAGUUUGGAUGCUUUACAUUUUGCACGUUCUAUGCAUUUUCGUGGGAUAGCCUUUGAUCCGGUGACAUAUACUACUGCUCUUUCAUUUUGUCGGGGUGAUCAUGGAAUUUUAUUUGGGUGGCAAUUGCACACUCUUGUGGUUAAGUGUGGAUAUGCUUGUGAAGUUUUUAUUGGGAAUGCUCUUGUAACAAUGUAUUCAAGGUGGGGGAUGUUAGAUGAGGCUUGGAGAGUGUUUGAUGAAAUGCCCAGAAGAGAUUCGAUUUCGUGGAACGCAAUGAUUUCAGGGUAUGCUCAAGAAGGGGAGUGUUAUGGGUUGGAAGCAGUUUUAUUGUUUGUUAACAUGGUAAGUCAUGGUAUGUUAAUUGACCAUUGUUCACUUACAGGUGCUGUUUCAGCUUGUGGUCAUGUGAGAAACUUAGAGCUUGGGAGGCAAAUACAUGGUUUGACCCAUAAAGUGGGAUAUGGAACUCAUGUAUCAGUUUGUAAUGUUUUGAUGUCAACUUAUUCAAAAUGUGAGGUCCCUAGUGAUGCAAAAGCUGUUUUUGAGGACAUUUGUAAUCCGAAUGUAGUGUCUUGGACGACAAUGAUUUCUAUUGACGAAGAAGAUGCAAUGUCUCUCUUUAAUGCAUUGAGAAUUGAUGGUGUGUAUCCAAAUGAUAUUACGUAUGUAGGAUUAAUACAUGCUAUAACAAUCAGGAAUUUAGUUAUAGAAGGUCUGAUGAUUCAUGGAUUAUGCAUAAAAAGCUGCUUUUUGUCAGAACAAACUGUCUCCAAUAGCCUCGUUACCAUGUAUGCUAAAUUUGAGUGCAUUCAAGAAUCAAAGAAGAUUUUUGAGGAACUUAACUGUCAUGAAACAGUAUCGUGGAAUGCAUUGAUUUCUGGGUAUGCUCAAAAUGGCUUGUACAAAGAAGCUUUCCUUACAUUUUUGUCUGCGGUAGAGGAAAUAAAGCCCAACCACUACACAUUAGGUAGUGUGUUAAAUGCUAUUGCUGCUGCCGAGGAUAUAUCAUUGAAACAUGGGCAACGUUGCCAUUCUUACUUGCUCAAACUUGGUUUAAACACUGACCCAAUUGUUUCAGUGGCCCUGCUUGACAUGUAUGGCAAGCGUGGAAACAUUAUUGAGUCUCAAAGAGUGUUCGAUGAGACACUUGAACGAACUCAGUUUGCUUGGACAGCAAUAAUAUCCGCCUAUGCCCGUCACGGACUCUUUGAGUCUGUUAUGAGUUUGUAUACAGAAAUGGAGAGGGAAGGAAUCAGUCCUGAUGUCAUCACUUUCCUUUCUGUUUUGGCUGCAUGCUGUAGAAAUGGAAUGGUUGAUGUAGGCCAUAGAGUAUUUGAGUCUAUGGUGAAGAAACAUUCAAUUGAGGCCACCUCUGAGCAUUAUUCUAUCAUGGUUGACAUGUUGGGCCGUGCUGGACGACUAGACAAGGCAGAAGAGUUGAUGCACCAGAUUCCGGGAGGGCCUGGAUUGUCUGUGUUACAAAGUUUUCUUGGAUCUUGUAGAAUACAUGGGAAUAUGGAGAUGGCUGAGAAAGUUGUUGGAAAUUUGAUAGAAAUGGACCCUACGAGUUCAGCUCCAUAUGUGUUAAUGGCAAACAUGUAUGCUGAGAAAGGGAAGUGGGAGAAAGUUGCUGAAGUGCGAAAAAAGAUGAGAGGGAGGGGAGUAAAGAAGGAAGUGGGAUUGAGUUGGGUGGAUGUUUCUAAUGUUGAUUCCUUGUAUUUGCAUAGUUUCUCCUCUGGUGAUAAGUCACAUCCAGAGUCUGAGAAUAUUUGUAAAAUGGCAGAGUUUCUGGGAUUGCAAAUGAGUUUUUUGAAAGAGAGCAUAGAAAAGGAAGGAGAGUGGUAUCAUGAGUAA